AUGAAUGUUGCUCUCUGGCUCGCGCUUGUAUCUCAGCUGAUUGGCACCGCGGCGGUGUGGUUGGAGGAUCACCUGGUGGCCUCGGGUCGCCGCACUGGCACUCUGUACUGCAGGGUGGGCAUCGGCUUCCAUCUCCAGAUCCACCCCAGCGGCAGAGUGAACGGGAGUCACGAGCCCAGUCACCUCAGUCUGCUGGAACUGUUUUCCAUAUCACAAGGAGUUAUAGGAAUCCGAGGAGUUUUCAGCAACCGAUUUCUAGCGAUGAAUAAGAGAGGAUGGCUUCAUGCAACUGAGACGUUCACUGAUGACUGCAUGUUCAGAGAGCGGUUUCAAGAGAACAGCUAUAACACAUAUGCAUCAGUGAUACACAAGAAUCACCGGACUGGGAGAGAGUGGUUUGUGGCACUGAACAAAAGAGGGAAGGCCAAAAUGGGCUCCAGUCCAAGAGUGAAGUCCCAACAUGCAUCUACGCACUUUCUACCCAGGAUGAACUUGCACACAAAACUUGAACAGGGCUUUACAAUAACAGACAAAGAGCAGAAAAGGACUCAGGCUCCACUAAAACCUCAGGCCCCUAAAGUCACCAUGAACAUGAGGCAGAAACAAACUCGAACUGUCAAGUACUGGCCAAAAUUUAGGUUUGGAUAG